AGUUUAGUUUCAACAUUCGUCGGUUACAGACGCGAUUCUUGAUCAACGUUCAUUUUUUAAAAAAAAUAUAGUACAAUCAGCUGAUUAACGAUAAGGGCAUUAAUGUGAUUAAUAUAUAGAAAGAGAAUUUGCAAUAACGAUAAGGAGACUUUAUAUAAAGAAAAUUCGAGUGUAAGCGUUUAAAAAAAACUCAAAUGAGAAAUAAAUUUGGAUUUUAAUGGUCAAUUAAAUUGAAUUAGCCUUCGCAAAAACGAUACAGAUUGAGAAUUCAGACAGCAUUCUUUAAUAGAUUUUUUUUUGUUGCAACUAUUGCGAUCUUCUUCCUCUACUUCGCACAUACAAUUGAUCUACACAUCAAGCGAACCGAAUCAUGGCAGACUCACCAACAGGUCGCAAAAGUAGUAUUCCCAUAUUAAAGCAGACCAACAAAACAAAAUCAUUUCAAUCAUACGUGAAUCUACAUUUAAAUGAAGAGUUGAACAACGAGCAGCAAAAGAGUCGAUCGCCAUCAACGUCGCCAACUGAAAAUGUACAUCCAAAAUUGCCAUUGAAUAGAGCUCAAAUGAAACAGAACCUUCCAAAAUUGGAAAUUGACAACGAUAUCGUUAUAACGAAAUUGUGUGAUGAAAAUAAACGUUUAAAAGACCAUCAGACUCAAUUGAUAUCUAAAUAUGAAGAAGCAUUACGUGAAAAUAUGGAAAUACAAAACAAGAAUGAUGAGUUACAACGGGAACUGACGCAUUUGAGACGAGAUAAUGCCGAAAAAUUGCAUUUGCAAAAGACUAUUGAAAAUUUGCAGAAGCAACAAAUUGACAUGGUUGAGAAGAAUAAGAAGCUACAAAAGAAAUUGGAAGAGAUUUUACCUGAAAGCAUUAAGGAUGAAGUGUCCUUUGAGUCAUCAAGAGGUUUAAUAAACAGCGGCUCAAGUUUAGAUUUAAUGAUGGAACUUGAGAAAUUGAAAUCUUAUCUAAACAAUGUUGAGUUACAGCUAUAUGAGGCAAAUGAACACAUUUCAGAUCUUCUCGAAAAGAAACAAGAACUGGAAGCUGACAAUCUUACACUCAAAUCAGAAACUGCCGAACUUAAAAAUCUCACAAAAUUGAUGCAAGCAAAUAUGUAUGAGACAUUAAGCACCAGUAAAAGAAUGGAAGAAACUUUCUUGCGCGUUAAAUUAGAACGCGAUGAACUGAUUAAAAGACACAAUCGAGAUUCGACUGAUGGCAAAGCAACAACCGUAACGGAAGAAAUUGCCAAUCUGAAAACGGAACUGAAGCGACAAAAGGCUCAUUAUGAGGCACAAUUUAUAGAAUAUAAGCAGAAUGUAGAAAAAGAAAUGGAAGAGCGAAUAAAUUCGGAAGUCGAGUCUCUAAAAAUUCAAGUACAACUUCUCGAGAUCGAAUUAGAAACGUCAAGGAAUCGAGCUGAGAAUGCAGAAGAGGAGCUUCGACAAUUUAAGGCAACAAUAAGACUUAGUGCUAAAAUGGAUUUUACAGCUACAGAUUCUGAAAUUGAGAAACCAAAAAUGGUUCCUCCUCCUCCUCCUCCUCCUCCUCCACCCCCACCGAUGUUCGAUUUCGGAACUCAAGUUACAAUUAGAUCAAGGUCGAAUUCACAGACUGAACAGUCACUAAGUGAUGCCAUCAGUAAUGCUCAAAAUACAUUAACUAAUACAAGUUCUAGGAAAAAUAUGAAGGCAUCAACAGGUCUAGAAGCUGUAAUUGCUGAUCUAAAAAGCGGUAAGGUGACAUUGAGAAGACGACAGAAAGUCACAAUUCCAACAUCGCCAAAAGACGAAUACAGCAAUAUUUAUAAUUUACUAGAAAAGAAUCAAAAUCAAAACCGCAUGAGCAAGAAGAUGAUUGAGAAUGAGCUGUCCACAGUUUUUAAGAAAUUUAAUCUUAAUUUAUGAAAUUAACUUAGAAUCAAGGAGUUGGGGAUAUGAGUGGGUCGAUGGUUAUGAUAGAAUUGUUUAUAGCAAAAUAUUGACGAUUUAAAAAAUAUUUCGAGUUGUAAAUUGAUUAAAUCUAUCGAAUAUUGAAUUAGUUCUCGGAUUUAGAAUGGAAAAAAAACCUUAGGACUUACUAUUGAGAUAAUCCAAUUAUAGAAAAGAUAUACUCAAGAAAUAGAUUUCUUGACUAUCAACUACGAUUGAACCAAUAAAUUAAUCAAAAAUUUAAAAUUGACAUAAAAUCAACAAUAAAGCGAAUAAAAGCCAGAAAACUCUGCAAAAUGAUGACAAAUACUUUCUCUAAAACACAAAGUUGUUGAAUAACGACACGUCCAAAUAUCAUGACAUUCAUCAUAAUCAAAGAUCAUUCAAUUCCUGACCAUAUCACAUUACUUAAUUUAUUUUGUAUCAAAAUUUAAAGUUUAUAGAUUUUUUUUAAAUAAAAUUUAAAUUUUAUUUUAUACUUUCUCACCAUAAAAUUUGUAUUUUUGUUUUAUUUUCUACAUAAAAUUAAAGUUUAUUUACUGAAUUUGCAAAUUUGUAAAUUUGUAAAUACAUCGAUUAUCUCCAUUCUGCAAAAUAAAUUGACUUUGGUUUAUUUGAAAAUUCUCUCAGAUUGUUCAUCUAAAUUGCAAAAAAUGGGAUUAUUUGUCUUGAUUAGAAAGAAAUGCAUGGGAGCAUUAAGUUAAGGCACUAAUUUUCAUGAUAUAUAUAUCUUGUUCUUCUACAUAUCUCCUUGAUUUUGAUUUUUAAAAAUACGAGUUUUGAUUUUUUUUUUCAAAUUGGGAAAUUUACAUUUUUAGAGCAUUAUUGUAUAGAUUGUAAAGUAAGUAGCUCUUUUUCAGUUUGUACACUAUCGACUACAAUUUUUGGAGGUUCCUUAAUUUGCUGUUCUGUGUUGGAACCUCAAUAAGAAUCUAAUAAAAUCUCUCAUUCCAAGACUUAAGGAGUUAUCCACAAAUGACGAAAAAGAUUUAGUAACAGCAUAAGGUGGGAGGGGUCUCAAAAAUCCAUAAUAAUUAUGGACGUCAUUAAUGAACAACCCCUGUAUUAUAUAAAGCUAUAUAUAAUAGCUAUCUUUUAUAAAAUAUUAAUAAUAUAUGUAAAUAUAAAGCUCAACAUUACAAUACAUUACACAUUCGUUUGUCCUAUUCAUUUUUCCUACAUAAAUCAUGUCAAAUUUUGGUAUACAUACGAUAAUAAUAAUAUUUAUAUAAUUAAUUAAUUAAUUUAAAAUUUGCUUUGGAUAAUUACGAUAACGAAAGAUUGGAAGAGAUCGUGCGCAAAAAUAUGUUAAAAUGAAUUUAAAUAAUUAUUUAAUUUUUAAGAUCACAGUGAUGUGAAAGGAAGUAAAAUCUAUCGAUUCCAACUGUCUUUAUGGUGACAUCGGAGAUUUAGAAUUUCUCGAUGGUUUUGGAGGUGGAAUCGGGGGUGAUUUCUUGCUUAAUCUUGCUUCCAUUUCACUUAUCACUUCCCUAUUUCUAAUUUCCAAAACCUCAUAAUGACUACUGUUGUUACUGUUCUCAUGUAUGGUAAAGUCAUGAUUUGGAAGUGCGGGUAGUGGUCGAUUCUCAAAGUAAUCUUCUGAGCCUCCUGAUACUCUCAUUGCUACUGAGUAUUGUGAUUCAUCUGUUAAUGAUAAAUGUCCAAUAUCUGAAUCACGAUGCUUUAGUGGAAGUGGUGGCGGUGCUAAAUCCUCUUCGGAUGUUUGUGAAUCUGUAGUAACUGUAAAGACAUUAUUGUAUUAAUUAACUUCUUCAAUUAAAAGCUUAUAUCUUACUUAUUGAAUUUCUGCUGUUGCUACUUUCGCCCGAAACUGAUACUGUAUCGACUUUUAUAAGUCCAGUUCCAUUACUACUUGUGGUUAUGAUGCUUUGUGUUCGCGACAAUCGCUUUUCUUUUUCAGCUUCGGAUCUCAAAGGC